UCUCCAUCUGCUUUAUAAGAGCUCCUCGGUAAAAACAUCACAAGUCACCACCACGGCCAACGUCGUCGUGUUCCCCAACCUCCGGCGGAUAGAAACCCAUUUUUAAAUUUAUUUUGCCGCCAUGGGAGACCAUACGAAAGAUCAAAAGCCUUUUUCUUACGAGAAAGCCAAAAACUUUUCAUGUAACUCAAAGUCUUCAUUUUAUCGGCUCUUCUCGAAGCUAAUCUUAACUUUCGCCAUUAUACUAUCUAUCCGAUUCUUUUUCUAUCCUCUCAAUUUCAUCUCCUCUUCUCCGCCUCGAUCUCUACUAAAAGUCGCGGUUUCACCCAUCGGAUCCCGGUCCGGACCCGCAUCUGGUCAAAGCCCGGAGCAAACCGAAAUCAAGCACGUCGUUUUCGGAAUCGCCGCGUCUGCGAAACUCUGGAAACACCGCAGGGACUACGUGAAGCUCUGGUGGAGACCCGGCGGCGAAAUGAAGGGCGUCGUUUGGUUAGACAAACACGUGGACAGAAACGGCACCGUUUCAGCCGGAUUGCCUCCGAUCAAGGUCUCCUCUGGCACGGCGAGGUUUAAGUAUAAGUACCCAAAGGGAAAUCGAUCGGCGAUCAGACUUACUCGAAUCGUCUCCGAGACAGUGAGGCUUUUAAACGGAACAGAGUCUGAGAAAAACGUGAGGUGGAUUGUGAUGGGAGACGACGACACUGUGUUCUUCCCGGAGAAUCUGAUUAGGGUUCUGAGAAAAUACGACCACAGGCAAUUCUAUUACAUCGGGAGCUCGUCGGAGAGUCACAUUCAGAACCUCAAGUUCUCGUACGGGAUGGCUUAUGGAGGAGGAGGAUUCGCGAUUAGCUAUCCGUUGGCUAAAGCGUUGGAGAAGAUGCAAGACCGGUGUAUUCAAAGGUACCCGCAAUUGUACGGCUCCGAUGAUCGGAUUCAUGCUUGUAUGGCGGAGCUCGGUGUUCCUUUGACUAGAGAAGCUGGCUUUCAUCAGUUUGAUAUAUACGGAAGCCUGAUUGGUUUAUUAUCGGCUCAUCCACUGGCUCCAAUAGUAUCGAUGCAUCAUCUAGACAUAGUGGACCCAAUAUUCCCAAACAUGGACCGAGUGAACGCCAUAAAACGUUUCAUGGUACCAGCCAAACUCGACUCAGCAAGCCUCGCGCAACAAUCGAUCUGCUACGACACGGCGCACCAAUGGACCGUGUCUGUCUCGUGGGGAUUCACGGUCCAGAUUAUACGUGGAGUGUUGUCAGCCAGAAAGAUGGAGAUCCCCAUGCGCACGUUCGUCGACUGGUACAAAAACGCCGACGGCAAAAGCGAUGCUUUCAACACGCGUCCUAUUAGCGAGAACGCGUGCCAGCGUCCGCGCGUGUAUUAUCUCUCCAACGCGCUUCCUGAUUCGGCUCCGAGAAGAGAUUGUUGUAGGGUACUACCUACAAAAAAGAACGGAACUAUGGUGAUCGAUGUUGGAGCUUGUAAAGAUGAUGAAAUUGUUGAAUUCUCUUUCAAAUAGAUGAUUUAUCCACUUUUUCAAAUUUUCUUUUAGCAAAAGAUUUUUGAUGUAGGACACCGUAAUAUAAAAACUAAUGAGUUUUGCAACUAAAAAUGUGGUAGAUUGUGUGGGCUUGUUUGCCCAUGAAAUAUAAUUACAAUGGCUCGGUUCCUCGGGUUAACAUGACAUGGGAGUUUCCAGUGAGCAGUGGCUACAAGUAUCUAAUAAGACUGCAUUUCUGCGAUAUAGCUAGUAUCUCGCUUGGCUUGUUAUAGUUCAACAUCUACGUUAAUGGGCACUUGGCGUAUCAAGAUCUCGAUAUCUCAUAUGCCACGGAUUACGUUUUGGCUUCCCCGUAUUACAUAGAUAUUGUGGUGGAUGAUGUCUACUCUCCUUUCUCGGGUCUGAUAAGCCUAAGUAUUGGACCAUCGAGCAAGAGUGUUGAACACGCGGUUGAUGCGAUCUUGAACGGAGUUGAGAUCAUGAAGAUGAACAACACAUUGGGAAGUCUUGAUGGGUUUGUUUCCGCUGAAACGAUACUUAGCCCUUGUCCCAUCAGAAGAAACCUUAGCAUGUUUAUGUCAAUGGUGGCUUUCAUGUGUAUCUUGAUGAGUGUUUACAUUGUCACUCAAAGGAAAAAAGCCAAGAAUGGAUUCGGCUGGUUAAGAUUGUCUGAAAAUGUAUCUGAAGAUAACAACAAUCUGAUAACCUUGAAUCGCGUUGGGUCAAGAAUACCAUGAAGCUUUCCAGAGUUUAGAGCUAAUAACUUUGUUCUCCACUAUUUUUCUGUCUCGGUACAAUGAAAUAUUCUCUUUGCUUGAGUUUUUUAAGUUUUUUUUGUUCUGGUUUCGAAUUCUGAUGCAGCUUGUGUUUGUAUUAU